ACUAAAAUUAAGGCAAAUAUUGAAUGUUUUGGGGCUAAACACACGCACACAAAAAAGCUUUUUGAAAAUUUCAACUCUCACAUAUAUAAUAAUAAUAUGAAGACAAUUGCUAUUUUUUUUUUCUUUUUUACCUUAAAAAAAAUCUAUUCCUAAUUCCCAUUUAAAGACUAACUUAUUUCAUGGUUUAAAUACAUAAAAGCCCACUCGUUCAAAGCAAACAAAGAAGAAAAGAUCGUGCGAUAAAGUUGACUUGAGUGCAAUCGAUCGACAAAAACCAUGCGAGUUCUCCUGAUCAAAGACUGCAUAUUUCUUCCAACGUUGGUUGGUGGAUUAAUAAAUAAAUACAUAUAUGCCUUAAUAUAUAAAUGCUAGCAUGGUGCUGAGAAGAUCAUCCGAACCAGCGCUUAUAGAUUUGGUAACAGAUCGGCCGGGAUGCAGAGUCGUCGGAAAACCAUCGGCAUGAAUCUAGGCUUCAGGAAAUCUCUGCUGCUAAUGUCCAAAAGAUGUGCAUUUUCACAAAGGAAGCAUUUGGAAAGAAGAAAGUCAGAGGCGUUGGGGUUAAGAUUUGGGAGAGAAGAGCCACAGAAAAACUCAAGACGAGGAUGGAAAAGCUGAAAGUGGAGAUGGAGGAGAUUGGCAAGGAACAAGAAAGUAUAAGAAAGGGGCAAAGGGGAGUGAAAGAAAAGUUUGAAAGGAUAGAGUUAGAAUGUGAACAGCUCCGAAGGGAGACUGAUUUGAUAACACAACAAAGCCACAACACCCAACUUCGACUUUGUCUUAUGUUUCAAAUCCUCAAAGCACGAGAGGUCAACGAUUUCACCAAAGCUGCUGCUCUUACCCAGAUUCUCCGUUUAGUUCCCCAAUUAAUGGAAGUCAUAGCAAAACAAAGCAAGGAAAAGUAGUAAAAAGCUCUAGCUACGGUGCUACAGUUUAAGCAAGCUGCUUUUCUGUGUGGCAACGUAUGUGUAAUAUAAAUCCUUUUAAUUACUAUUUCCUGUUGUAAAGAAUAAAAAAUCAAUUGCGACUUCCCUUUUUCAUGUACUGUAGAAACUCUAA